AUGCCUGCAAUUGCUUGGGCAAAAAUUCUGCUGAGCCGGGUCACCGCCGGCAGUGCGGCCAUCUCCUCCGCCGCGCACACAGCGGGAAAAGGUGUAAUAAAUAGUGGCCCACAGGACCAGCCAGAUGUCAGUGCUGUUCUGUCUGCAUACACCCAGCAAGGCGAUCCGGCUCUGUAUGAGGAAUAUUACAGUGGCCUAAAGCGAUUCAUUGAGUCUGUACUGGACUGCCAUCGAGCAGAGCUAUCUCAGUUAUUCUACCCUCUCUUUGUACACAUGUAUCUGGAACUGGUCUACAAUCAGCACGAAAACAAAGCCAAAUCUUUCUUUGACAGAUUCCAUGGAGACCAGGAAUGUUACUAUGAAGAUGAUCUCCGCAUUUUAGCCAGCCUCUCCAAGAAGGAGCACAUGAAAGGCAACGAGACCAUGUUAGACUUCCGAACAAGCAAGUUUGUGCUAAGAAUAUCCCGGGACUCCUAUCAGCUGCUUAAGCGCCAUCUCCAGGAGAGGCAGAACAAUCAGAUAUGGAGCAUAGUACAGGAACACUUGUACAUUGAUAUAUUUGAUGGCAUGCCACGAAGCAAACAACAGAUAGAUGCCAUGGUGGGCAGCUUGUCUGGGGAAGCCAAGCGUGAAGCAAACAAAGUGAAGAUGUUCUUUGGUCUUCUGAAAGAACCAGAGAUUGAAGUCCCUUUGGACGAUGAAGACGAGGAAGGAGAAAAUGAAGAAGGAAAGCCAAAGAAAAAGAAGCCAAAGAAGGAUAGUGUUGGCUCAAAAAGCAAGAAGCAGGACCCGAAUGCACCACCUCAGAACAGAAUUCCUCUUCCUGAACUAAAGGAUUCUGAUAAACUGGAUAAAAUCAUGAUUAUGAAGGAAGCUGCCAAAAGGGUUCGCCUUAGCCCUGAUUUUUUGCCUACGAUCUGUUUCUACUCAUUCCUGAAUGCUUACCAGGGUUUGACUGCGGUGGAUGUUACGGAUGAUUCCAGCAUGAUCGCCGGAGGGUUUGCGGAUUCUACUGUGCGCGUGUGGAGUCUGACGCCCAGAAAACUUCGGAGUGUCAAAAGCACAUCUGAUCUCGGCGUGAUAGACAAAGAAGCAGAUGACGUUCUGGAAAGGAUUAUGGAUGAGAAGACCUCAAGUGAGAUAAAGGUUUUAUAUGGUCACAGCGGGCCUGUCUAUGCAACCAGCUUCAGUCCAGACAGGAAUUACUUAUUAUCAAGCUCAGAAGAUGGCACAGUCCGUUUAUGGAGUCUGCAGACAUUCACCUGCUUAGUGGCAUACAAAGGGCAUAACUAUCCAGUGUGGGAUGCACAGUUCUCUCCAUAUGGGUACUACUUUGUGUCCGGAGGACAUGACAGAGUUGCUCGCUUAUGGGCCACGGACCAUUAUCAGCCUCUACGUAUCUUUGCCGGCCAUCUUGCAGAUGUCAUAAGUACUCGUUUUCAUCCAAACUCCAAUUACAUAGCCACGGGCUCUACAGACAGAACGGUCAGAGUAUGGGAUGUUUUAAAUGGCAACUGUGUGAGGAUUUUUACUGGACACAAGGGACCAAUUCACGCAUUGGCAUUUACUCCAAAUGGAAAGUUUCUGGCUACUGGGGCAACAGACGGCAGAGUCUUGCUUUGGGAUAUCGGCCACGGUUUGAUGGUUGGAGAAUUAAAGGGUCACACUAACACAAUCUAUGCACUUAGGUUUAGCCGAGAUGGAGAGAUUUUAGCAUCAGGUUCAAUGGAUAAUACAGUUUGUUUAUGGGAUGCAAUAAAAGCUUUUGAAGACUUGGAAACAGAUGACUUCACAAGUGCUGCAGGACAUAUAAACUUGAAUGAAAAUUGCCAAGAGCUACUUCUUGGGUCCUAUCUGACAAAAUCCACGCCUGUUGUUCAUCUUCAUUUCACACGAAGAAACCUUCUUCUGGCUGCUGGAGCGUUUAGCCCACAAUGAACAAUUGCACUUUCUAGCUGAUGCAAAAAAAAAAAAAAAAUAUUCUUCCGUCUGACUCUUGACUGUCUGACCAGGGCCGAGACCAUGUUAUGCAAUGUUACCAAAUGGGAUUCUGAUGUCAAUUUAUUGCAAGACUCUUGCAUUCUCCACACUGCCUUGUUUAUGCCCUAGACUGACUCAACAAAACAAGAGGAAUAGAUAACAAAUGCAAAACUGGUGCUGUGCGCAUUUGACAGUUAUAGUUUAAGCACUGAGUGCUUGUAUUUAUGUAACUAACAGUUGAUGCUUCAGCAUUUGUCCAUGAAAUUUCAGAAGAGUUAGAGAGAUUAAUAUAGUGUAGCAGUGUGAAGGCUAGAGCUCAUGGGUGUAUUCUCUUCCCUCACAGCAGUGCU